AUGGCGGUCCACACAUAUUUUGUGAGGAUUCAUGGGGAGUAUUUCAAGAAGCAUGUUGUGUACGGGCGUGGAGAGAUACAGAAGUGGGCGCGGUUCUCCAUAGACAAAUGUGACCAGCAUGGCAAAGAGCUGGAGGUCCACUGUGAUGACCAUCAGGAAUUGUGCUGCAGUGUAUGUGUGGCCCUUAACCACAGCAGUAUCAGUCAUCUGCCUGACCUGGCCAAGGGCUUCCUGCAGACAGCAGAGUUUAAGCAGCUGCCAGCUGCAGUGGACAAUAUUAAAAGCAGGCUGUAUAAUCUCACUAAUUCCAUGAAGAAUUAUCAAGCCUCACUGAGGGACUCCUACGAGAACAUCCUAGUUAUAAUUAAGGCUCUCCGCGACGAAAUUAACCAGAUCUUAGACACGCUGGAGGAAAGGACAGUUGAACAGUUGGAUAGCAUAAUGAAAGAUUUAGAGAAGUCUAUAAAAGAUGAUUUAGAAACCUGUGCUUACAUGGACGACCAACUCAAUAUCAUGAUUGAGAAGCAGCAGCAUAUGGCAGGCAAAAAGGAGACCAGCUCUUUCAUUGGAUUCAUAAAAUGCCAGUCUAAAUUGAGUGAAGCCAAGUAUUUUGUUGAUAAAAUAAGGGGAAAAGAAGGAGUGAAGUAUAAAUCUGAUGAAAGUGUAUUGCAACCUUUGAGAAAACUGAGCCGCCUUGGCAAUGCUGAACGUGUUCCUUCCAUUUAUGUGGGUACGGCUCAGAAUUCAAGUCAUUUUAAGGUUAGGAUAGAGAAGGAUAAGAAACGAUGCUAUAUUGCAGGUAUCUGUGAGUUGCCAAGUGGAGAAAUGGUUUUGACUAACUAUACGAAUGACAGAGUGAAGCUACUGAACAGGCAGUUCGAGGUCAUUGCUUACUGUGAUCUGCUUGCUACUCCUGAACACUUGUGUCACACCACAGAUAAUGAUGUAGCUGUAGCUGUUAGUGACACAAAUGAGGUUCACUUCCUGGCAGUAACCAAAGGGAAGCUUCAAGCAAUGAGGAAGUUCACCAUACACCAUUACUGUUGCUCAAUCGCGCACCACAAUGACCAGCUAUAUGUUGGCUCCAUUGAUGGCCUGUACAUGUACAAUAUGGUAGACAAGGAGGGGAGACAUAAGCUGGCCACAGUGGCCAGGGAGGCAGAUGGACUGUAUAACCCUCGGUCAGUAUGGUUCAGUGAACAAACGUCCACCCUUAUUGUUGGGAAUCUUCUACAGGACAACAUAACUGUUAUCAAGUUGAAUUGA